AAAUUUUCCCAUUUGUCCAAAACCGUCCAGUAGCAGCAGCACCGUAGUAGACCACGGUUUAGGGUUUUAGAGUUAAGACAUUGGUAUAGAGGUAUAUACAAUUACAACACAUUUUGAAAAUUUAGACCAAUCUAAACGUUUUUUACGAAAAUAUAACAUGGAAACCAAGCAACCACUUAAAGAGAACUCUUCAAACCAACCUACUGUUAAGUUGGAAAACUCGAAGAAAUGGAGUCUUGAUAACUUUGAAAUUGGCCGUCCUCUUGGUAAAGGGAAGUUUGGAAAUGUGUACUUGGCUAGAGAAAUCAAUACCAAAUACAUUGUAGCCCUGAAGGUUUUGUUUAAAUCUCAACUACAAAAAUGUCAGAUGGAACACCAGUUGAGACGUGAAAUUGAAAUCCAGUCACAUUUACAACAUCCCAAUGUUUUACGCAUGCACGGAUAUUUUUAUGAUGAAACUCGUAUUUACCUCAUCUUGGAAUUCGCCGCAAAUGGAGAAAUGUACAAGUACCUGAAACGCCAACCCAAUGGCCGUUUUUCUGAACCACAGACGGCCAAUUACAUGGCUCAGCUAGCCGAUGCAUUGAUAUACUGUCACGCGCGGAAAGUAAUCCACCGAGAUAUUAAGCCAGAAAAUCUUUUACUAGGAUUUCAUGGAGAAAUUAAAAUAGCCGAUUUUGGUUGGUCCGUCCAUGCUCCUUCGUCUAGGCGUACAACCAUGUGCGGGACAUUGGAUUAUUUAGCCCCCGAAAUGGUAGAAGGGCGCUCUCACGACGAACGUGUAGAUUUGUGGACUCUUGGUAUUCUUUGCUACGAAUUCUUAGUGGGAUCACCUCCUUUUGAAGAGGAAAAGCAAGAUCUCACUUACCGCCGUAUUUGCAAAGUUGACUUGAAAUUUCCAGCACAUCUCUCUACUGGAGCGAAAGACUUGAUUGCUAAAUUACUCAAACCACGAGCAGAAGAUCGUAUCCCUCUACGAAAAUUACUUGAACAUAGCUGGAUUCUACAGCACCUUUCAGACGAAGUUCGAUCCAGGUUACCGACCUUCCAGAUAAUGCAACCCAACAAAGCAUAAACUUUGAUAUUUAAUGGAACCAUACAUUUUUAAAGAAAAAUUUUCAAUUUGUAACUUAGAUUCCCGAUUGCCUUUAUCUCUUCUCUCAUUUAUGUAAUACAAUAAAUACUUUUCAUAAAUGCUGCUCGCACGUAAGUCAUUAAUGGCUUAGUUUAUCAUUCACAUUAUUACAGCAAAUAUUAUGCAAAUUUGUACUAAGUUCGCCAGUCAUCCUUUACAUCCAAUUCUUUCUCUAAUCUGUUUCCAGUUACAUCAUCCUAGUAAAUGUUAAAGGAUGUAAUUUUAAUAAGAAUUUGAAUUAUCCACUAUAGAAAAAAAUCACAAUUAAAAUUUAUUUAAUUAUUUUAAAAUGACUAUAUUUUUUAAGCAUCUAAAAUUAGCUGCUAACGACGAAAGUAAGUUUUAUUCAUUGAAUGAGUUCAAGAAAAUCCCUAAUUGAAAAUUACCCGUCAAGUUAACUACAAUGAAUAAAAAAACUAGAUUUUCAAUAGAGCAUUAGUCGUGAAUCCCUUUCUAACUGGCAGUAAUGAUUAGAUUUGUAAUAAAUUAUGAGUGAGAAUCCAUUUUAUUAUAGCACAAUGAACUACGCGGUAGGUACAACACCAGAUAAAUAUUAAACAUUCAAACAAUAGAUUUUACGAAGAAUACUUCAAAUAGUU